UUAGCGUGUGUGGCAACACAUCUAGCGCCGAAUUGGCGUCUACGUGUGCGCACUGAUUCAUCUCGGUUUCAUCGCGCCAUCUGUCCUGGACUUGCGCAGCCUGAUUGCGUGUAGAGGGCGGAGUAUCCGCGCACGUUCGAAGGUCGGGCUUGCGAGUGAAUUUGGCCAAAAGACGAGUAAGAGAAGGUUAUUUGAGAGAAGAGAAUAUCAAGGAAGCCUGCUACAGCCCUGUUUGUUGAAGCAAGAUUUGCAACCGCCAAUCGCAUUGUUACCAGGAUAUCAACAGCCAUGGAUUCUACGGGCUUGUCUUUUGAGGCCAAGAUUGCCAUGGCUUUGGGCGGGUCGAAUUGGCAAAGUCUACAGAAUGCAAGUACCGUGGCGCCCGGCGGCGUAGUGCAGAACACCGCUGCGGAUGAGCAUGAAAUUGAGGAAAAAGACAAAGAUGGUAACAACGGAGUUCCUUUAAACAACAAGGAUGCCGGUCCGGGCGUGCCACAAGAAGAGGUAGUAGAUCCAGUUAUACUUGGCAAACGCAAGAGGAAAAUGGAGCGUUUUGAGCAGAGCGUUGCGAGGGAUGCAGGCGAGGUCGUUGAGACAAUCACGGCGGAUUCUCUCGUACCUGUACCGCAAAGCGUGGUUUGGGAUCAAGAUCCCGAGCUUCUUUGCUGCUACAACUGGCAGGCUUCUACCAAUGGCACCAACACCAUAUUCGUUCCCGGCGAGCCAGCAAAAUGGCACCAACCCAGUCUGCCCCACACGCUGGAGCGAGACAGCGGGUUCCAGUAUUCCGACUACAACUACGCGCGGCAGCCUCGAAACCCGUAUUCGCCCAUGUUCCGCGCGCUCAGCAUCAUGAACCCCCGGUACAACUUCCACGACGUGGACGUGCUCGCCGACCGCAACAAUCUGCGUGUGCUCCUUGAAUUCGUGCAGGGCAAGUCCAACGGGCCGUUUCGCCUGAACCUGUACCUCGUGUUCAACACGCUGGUGAUUGUGCGGCGCGAGGCGCGCUGGUGGAAGCAUUCGGACGGCCAAAGCUACGGCAUCAAUUUCGAGCGCGACUUUACAACAACACGGCCAGACAUGCAGGAUGCCACGAGCCACUACCGCGCAAUCCGGUACAAAAUGGGACCGCUAAACGUGGUAUGUCGCUUCGAAGCCGACGCCUACGACGACGGCGACAUGGCGCCCGACACCCUCUCCGAAGCCGAAGCCAAAGCCGUCACCGGCGGCCUAGCUACAAAACCCAUAUUCAACUACUCGGCUCCCAUCCGCGUGCUGCAAAAAGGACACGUGGUCCCCACGGCGCAAAUGCUCGAGCUCAAAACACAAGCAUACCACCCCGAGAACAGCACUGCCGUGCAAUGCCAAGACCAGCUGUGGUUCGGCCGCACACGCCUCCUGUUCACGGCGCCCUACACCAAAGACACGGGCGCCGUGUCGCGCAUCAAAAAGGAAGAUGCGGCAGAGCGCGUGGCGAAAUGGGAGUCUACCCAGCAAGAAGCCCUGCGCAAACUCGUCGCGCUGCUAGCCCAUGUCCGCGCGGUGCUGCAUCGCGAACGCAGACCAAAUCGCGCCGCUGUACUGGUUAGAGAGGCAAAGAGCGGCCCGAUUGUCCUGCGUACCCUCCAGGAGAGAAGUACGGCUGUGGAUUGGGAGACUCGCGAGACCUUCUGGCCUAUGCAUGCGCAGCACCCGGGGGGGUAUCAGCGGCGUGGUGACGGAGGAGGAGGAGGAGGAGGAGGGGGUAGCCCUGGUACUGGUACUGGUACUGCUGGUUACGGGAGACCGCCAUCUCAUGCACCCCCCCGUGGACGUGGUGCUCGCAGCGGUGCAAAUAUGCCGGCGCCGGUGCCGCAGUCGAGCAGAGCCAACUUUUCGUCUUCUUCUUCUUCUUCUUCUUCUUCUUCUUCCUCUGCUCGUGGACCCGCGCACUUGGUUCCGUCGCAGGUUCAUCAUCAUGCUCAGCAUCAGCAUCACCAUCAUCAUCAUCAGCAUCAGCAUCAGCAGCAUCACCAUCCACAGAGUCGGCGUCACAGCCACCAGCAACCGGAUACCGCUAGUGCAUCGAAUACCCAUCACAGGACUCCUGCUGAGCAACGCCGAGGUCCAGCACCAGCUUCAGGUUCUGGUUCUGGUUCAAGUCGAAGCCGGGGAAGAGGAGGGAGAAAUCCUGAUUACAAUCGGAGUAGUGGCAGUGGUGGUGCUCCUGGUGGUGGUGGUGGAGCUGCUUUGCAUUGA